AUGGGGGACAAUUCAACUCUGAACAUCUCGGCCCCAGUGACAGGGGAGUCCUCACUGAAGGGGGCGUCGAUUGGCAUCGCUGUGCUCUUGAUCGCCUUCCUCUUGGGCUUCCCCGGCAACGCCUUCGUCGUGUGGAGCGCGGGCUGCCGGGUCCGCAAGCGGACGGUCACCUGCCUCCUCAUCCUCCACUUGGCCAUCGCCGACUUGAUAGUGCUGCUCACAGCCCCCAUCUUCCUGCGGGUGCUCACCGUCAGAGCGUGGGAGCUGGGUGACGUUGUCUGUCGUGCUUGCCACUACAUCUGUGGGGUCAGCAUGUACGCCAGCAUCCUCCUGAUCUCCCUCAUGAGUUUGGACCGCUGCUUGGCUGUCUCCAAGCCCAUCCUUUCGCACAAGAUCCGCAGCAAAAAGACUAUACGGCUCGUGGUGCUGGCCAUCUGGAUGGCUGGCUUUCUCUUGGCCAUCCCCGUCCUCCUCUACCGACAGGUGGCAAAGAAAGGUGAUGGAAAGCUUCACUGUGACUUUGGCCACCCCACAGACAGAGAUCUGGUCUUCCAUAACCUUUUCGAAACCAUCACUGGAUUCCUGCUUCCUUUCAUCACCAUCAUCUACAGCUACUGCACCAUUGGCCAACGACUAAGGGACACCCGCUUUCGCCGAAAACGCCGCACAAGCCGCCUCAUCUCUCUCAUCGUGAUCGCUUUUGCUGCUUUUUGGCUCCCUUACCACGUGGUCAACCUUCUGGAUGUGGUUGCCGUGUGGAGCGGCUCUGCCAAAAUAAAAGCCAUAGGAAAAGCGGCGAGGCCCGUGUUGGUUGCUCUUGCCUUCUUCAGCAGUAGCAUAAACCCUAUCCUCUAUGCCUUCAGUGGUGGCUCCCUCAUCCGAUCAGCUGGCUUGGGCUUCAUGGCCAAGCUCUUUGAAGGGACUGCUUCAGAAAUGUCCAGCGCAAAACACGGUACCACCCGGGACCCUCAACACCACAUGGAAACCAAGGUGGACCCCACAGGGAAUGGGAGUCCUGCACAGUUGACCAUAUCUACCAACCCAACAGGGGAAACAUCUGAAGAACUUGCAGAGGUUUCAAAGCCCCUUAAAUCACCAUGA